AUGGGCAAGUCUCAAUCAAAGCUCUCGCCGACGCAGCUCGACGAGCUGCAAAGAGCCACACAUUUCGAUAAGAAAGAGCUACAGCAAUGGUACAAAGGGUUCCUUAAGGACUGCCCCUCCGGCACCCUGACCAAGGAAGAGUUCCAGAAGAUUUACCGACAAUUCUUUCCUUUCGGCGACCCAUCAUCAUUCGCAAAUUAUGUCUUCCGCGUUUUCGACUCCGACAAUAGUGGCAUGAUCGAUUUCAAAGAGUUUAUCUGCGCGCUUUCCGUGACUUCGCGGGGCAAGAUGGAGGAUAAGCUAGACUGGGCAUUCCAGUUGUACGAUAUUGACGGUGACGGAAAGAUCACUUACGACGAGAUGCUGGCCAUUGUCGAGGCGAUUUAUAAAAUGGUGGGAUCAAUGGUGAAACUCCCCGAAGAUGAAGACACCCCAGAGAAGCGCGUACGGAAGAUCUUCCGAAUGAUGGACAAGGACGAGAAUGGCAGUCUUGAUAUUGAGGAAUUCAAGGAGGGCAGCAAACGGGACGAGACCAUUGUCAGUGCCUUGUCGCUCUAUGAUGGGUUGGUUUAG